AGGGUCCAGACAUUUAAGUGGAAACACAAUGGAAAAACUGCUGCGCUUCGGAAAGCAGGUGCUAACUGCGUGCCUUGUGCGGCGAAGAGCGCUGGCUUCGUGCGGAGGUGACUGUUAAAUAAGAGGGAGGCAGAAGGACACCUCCACCCCGCCAUGGGCUACAAUGCAAGCUGGGCUUCAGCCAACGCGAGCGAGCGCGGUCCCUUUCAGGCUGUCAAAAGCUCCCUGAACGCAUCCAGUACUCAGAUCGUGGGAAUCAACCGAAGCGCCCACGCGCUCGGGACGUCAGAAUACGAGGCAUAUAGGGAAGAACAAACCUAUCGACAUUUUACUACCGUUAUGCAGGUUGUCAUCUUAAUAGGUUCUCUGCUAGGAAACAUUGUGGUCUUGUGGUCGACAUGCAGGACAUCAGUUUUUAAGUCAGCAACAAACCGAUUUAUUAAGAACCUGGCUUGUUCUGGGAUCUGUGCCAGCCUUGUCUGUGUGCCUUUUGACAUUGUUCUCAGUACCAGUCCACACUGCUGUGGGUGGGUCCAUACCCUGAUCUUCUGCAAAAUUAUCAAAUUCUUGCAUAAAGUCUUCUGCUCUGUGACCAUCCUUAGCUUUCCUGUCAUUGCUCUGGAUCGGUACUAUUCAGUCUUAUACCCACUGCAAAGAAAGAUAUCAGAUGCCAAAUCACGAGAUCUGUUGAUCUAUAUUUGGGCUCAUGCAGUGGUGGCCAGCAUUCCAGUCUUUGCUGUGACCCAUGUGUCAGACAUAUAUGCUAUAUCCACUUGUACUGGGCCCUGGAGUUACUCUAUUGGCCAUUUAGCAUAUGUUAUCACUUACAACCUUACCACUGUGAUUUUACCAGUGACUGUGGUAUUUCUCUUUAUGAUCCUCAUCCGGAAGGCACUGAGCGCCAGCCAGAAGAAAAAAGUCAUUAUAGCUGCCUUAAGAACUCCUCAAAAUACAGUCUCUAUUCCUUAUGCCUCCCAGAGAGAAUCUGAACUUCAUGCCAUGCUUCUGUCUAUGGUUAUGAUUUUCAUUUUCUGCAGUAUUCCUUAUAUGACUAUGGUGGUUUAUCAUGCUACCCUGGAUUCUUCUGAUUCUUCUGUAUACUUGCUUCUCACUGCUAUCUGGUUGCCUAAAAUAUCACUGCUGGCCAACCCACUUCUCUUCCUGACUGUUAACAAAGCUGUACGGAAAUGUUUAGUAGGGACGAUACUGCAAUUACAUCGAAGGUAUAGUCGAAGAAACAUAGUCAGUUCUGGGAGUGCUGGGGAGGCCAAUCUGGAAUCUCACGUUCGUUCUGGCAGCCAACUCCUAGAAAUGUUUUACAUUGGACAGCAGCAAAUUUUCAAGCCUACAGAGGACGAAAAUGAAGCUAAAUCUGUGGAUCCCAAUGACUACCAACAGGAGGAGAUACCCACAACCAGCUUAGAUGUAGAACAAGCCCAAAUCCAGACAUCUGUUUGUCUUGCAGUUGCAGAUUCUGCUGCUCAAAUAGCACCAGCUUUAUCUACAGAAGCCGAAUUGGCCAAAGAAAAGUAUUCUACGCAACUGGGUUUUGGACCUUUUGAGUUGCCCCCACAGUGGCUUUCAGAAAACCGAAAUGGUAAGAAACGACUUCUGCCUCCUUUAGGAAAUACCCCAGAGGAGCUGAUCCAGACAAAGCAACCCAGGGGUAAAUCAGAACGAAAAAUGAGCAGGAACAAUAAAGUCAGCAUCUUCCCCCAAAUGGAUUCCUAGCCAAAGAAGGAGCUCCGUAUGAUGAGAGAAGACUGCCUUUUUGCAUUUAUAUGAUCCUAUGGAUCUGUGCUAAAAUGAAAUUAAAGGCUUAUUUUUGUGCCAGUUAUGGCAAAAGCUAAAACUUAAGUGUUCCUUAUACACGGGUUUUGUUAUGAACACGUAUUUCCUUAUUUCACAAUCCCCCUUUCCCCCAUUAUAUAAAAAAAACAAAUGAACUGUUUUCUAAAGAGGUAUGUUUGAUUUGUUCUUGCCCUACAGAUUGCUUCCUCUACUGCGAUCUAUAAGACUUUUAAGCAGAGCAAGCCUGCUUAAUUAGGGCUAAAAAAAGUGGUUUGCAAAGAUUAGAAUGAACACAAAGCAGUCCAGAAUACAAAGUGAGACCGAACUAGGAAUUCGUUCCACAGUGAGAUGUUUUUUCAUGGACCAGAGGGAGUGGUGUGGUUUCACAUGCUGCCUGCAUCCCGCAGAUGGGACUUCGCUUAUUUGUGCAGCCUGGUUUCUGGCAUGCUGUGGCCAGUGCCAUUCCACUGACUGGGGGUUGGGGACCCAUGCACUAGAGGACAGCAAGGCAGCCCAGAAAGUCUAGUACCUUUGCUGACAUUUAAUGGUCAUUUGGAGUUGUGUUAUACUUCAUGCAUGCACAUGUGCAUAAAUACACACCUUACAGAGAUGUAGCACUUCAAUUAUAGAAUUCCAGGGAAAAUAUUUCAGUGAAUAUCUAGCAACUAGUACUUGGGAUUCUCACAUUAAAAACACCCAGAAUAUUUUCGGAGCAUUAUUUGACUUGGCAAUUUGGAAUAUGUUUUAACAAUUAAAAAGACCAUGGGCAUUCCAAUUAUAUUCUAUAAUUUACUAAGCAUUUUGUCUGUUUAUUUUUAAGUAUUUUGGCAGGUUCCUGCUCUUGCAGUAAGCAUGUGUCAAAUUCAUACAUAGGAUUUUAGAUUUCCUUAAAGGACUGAUUUUUAAUAUUGUGAAUUCUGCAAGCUUUUGAUCAGUGAAGCUCCUGCAACGUGACUGGGAUAUGAAAACAGUUACAUUUGAUGAUGCUACUGCAUAACAUGGAUACAGCAAAUGUUGAAUACAGAUAGUCCUUGACUUAUGAUCAUUCAUUUAGCAACAAUUCAAAAUAAUAAUGGUGCUGAAAAAAAGUGAUUCACGAUUGGUACCCACAUUUAUGAUUGUUGUAGCAUCCCUAUGCUCAUCUGAUUAUGAAUUGAGUGGUUGGCAACCAGCAGGUAUUUAUGAUGGCUGCAGCAUCACAUUUUUCACCAUCUGCAACCCUGCCAACUGGCUUCCAAGAAGCAAAAUCAAUGGGGAAGCCAGCAGGUAGUUGCAAGUCAUAGAGAUGUGUGAUAUCUCGCAAAAUAUGUGACAAAAAAGGUUGUAAAAUUAAGUGAUUGCAUCACUUAACAACUUUUCUGGUUCCAAGUGUGUUGUAAGUCAAGAACUACCUAUAUAGAUAUAUGAUUAUUACAUUUAAUAAUCACCAUGCCCUCAAAAUCAGUCUCUCCCCCCCCCCCUCUCUUGUAUUCAGUCUUUUCUCUGCUUCUAUUGUUAAUGUGUUUAUCUCUGGUGAAAAGGCACUAAGAUGGUUGUUGCUGUUUUGUCUGAUAAACAGUAGACUGAAGUAGGAGCCACUGUGUUAAGAAUAGUCUUGAUUCUGCACUCUACACACUUGCACAUUCUAAGUGUAUAAUAUAUAAAACACACCUCUUCAUUAUGAUUCUAAAAAUCUUAAUAACAUACAGCACUUUUUUGCUUUUCUGCCUUGUUUUUUAAUUAU